GAAGGGCAGAGUGGAGGGCAGAAAGGCAAGGAGAGUGGGGGGGAGAGUGGGGGGGAGAGUCUAUCUGUUGAGCUUACAGGAGGUACUUUAUCAGUAACAGCGGAGCAAGCCUCUCCACCUCACCCUCCUUCGCCUUCCCCCCCUCCCCUCUUUGGAAGGGAUUUCAAAUGCGACCGGUGGCAGCACUUCAGGUUCUUGGUCUGGGAGCAAGGGGGAGGAAGAACUAGUGGCAGCGGUACAGGCGAGAAUCGCAGAGAUUGCGGAAUCUCUGUGCAACUGCUGCUUCCUCUUCGGCUCUCCGGCCUCACUUGCUGCAUGGGCCACACCAUGGUUACCAGCAACAGGGUUACCACAUGGCGAGUAACCAUGCCCAUGGGGCUGCAGAGGAUGGGGGAAGCUUGCCCUCUGACUCCUCCCACCAACACCCCCACCACACUCUCCCUCACAUCCACCACUCCCACCACCACCACCACCACCACCACCACCACCACCACCACCACCACCACCACCACCACCACCACCACCACCACCACCACCACCACCCGCACCAAAACUUUCAGGCCACCCACUACCUACGCUACCGCCUUGUUCCCUCCUGCUACCGCCACGCCUUCCCCGAGCAUCUUAAGUCGCACCGGAGCCAUGACAUUGUGCUGCUGUGCGUUGAUUGCCAUGACGUGGCGCAUCGUGCGGCUGAGAUUCACAAGAGGGAGGUGGCGAGGCGGUUCGGAUGGCGGUGAGGGUAUUGCUGAAGCUGAUGCAAAAGAAGGACAUCUAGGAGGGAGGAAGGGUGGAAGUAGAGGGGGAAGGGAUGCGAGAGUGGAGGCGGCAUUUCUGCUGAAUGAGGCUGGCAGGUCAGCAGUAGCAGUUUUACGCCACGGGGCGUCGCUGCCCGAGGGCAGGCUCUGCGAGCUGCUGCUGCCCAUCUGGAAAGUUUUGAAGCGGGCAGCGGGCAGCCCGGUGAAGAUCGAGGAGCUGGAGAUGGUGGCGCAGGCAGGGAGGGGGUGCAAGGUGCGGGCAGGGAAAAGAAAAGGACUGGUUGUUGUGGGGAAUAGGGAGGCUUUGGGGAAGGCUCUUGCUGGGCUGGGGGGGGAUGGGGGGAAAGAUCGAGUGGAAGGGCAGGUGUUAGGUGGUUCAAGAGGGGGUGAAGGAGCGGCUGAUGUAGCAAGCGAGGGAUUGAGUGUGGGAGUGAGUGAGGGAGUGAGUGAGGGAGUGAAUGAGGGAGUGAGUGGGGGAGUGGGCGAGGGAUUAGGUGAGGGAUUAGGUGAUAAAUCUGCUGAACCCCAAGAGAUGAGUGACCUUGGGCAGACAGGAGCAGCGCUCAGCUCAUUAGCCCUCGAACCAACUCCAACAAUCAAACCAGUUCCUCUAAGAGGCCACUGGGAGCACGGGUCACAGGUGGUGGCGCUACUGCUGGCGGGCGGGGGCGAGGCGGGGAUUCGGGAGUUCACCCAGCAGUGGCGCGAGGUGUUUGUAGCGGCGCUACAGCCGCGGUUCCUGCCGCCCGGGUGGGACGUGCAGCACCUGGGAAGACGGCAGUUUGGGGAGUUUUCGGUGUAUAACCCGCAGAGGAGGAGGUAUGUGCCGGGGGAGGGAGAUGAGGGAGGAGGGGAGGAAGGAGAGGAGGGAGGAGGGGAGGGAGGAGGGGAGGGAGAUGAGGGAGUGGCAAGGGGAGAAGCAAGUGCGGAGGAGGAUGUGGUAAACGAUGCGACUUGAGGUGCUUUGGGUCCGUGCUUGUGGCAGCGGCCUCUCACCCGCGCUGCAGCAG